GCACAGACAACAUCACAACAGGCCAGAGCAACAGAUCAUCAUCAGCCCUGAGAGGAGUGGUGUGAAAGAUGCAUGGGCAGGGUCACAUCUUCCUGCUCGGCAGCUUGGUAGCUCUCUGUAAGUUCGAUAACUUUUUUUCAAAGUUCCAAAAUUUUCAAUGGAAAGAGACCAAUUUUUAGAAAGACAUCCAGGAAACUAACACUUAAUCUUUGAGAAUAUGGAGAGAACAAAAACAUAUGCAUUUAAUGCUUUGUUUUUUCUUUGCGAAGUUGUACUCCUAAAACCUGCUUUCAUUCACUAAAAAGUCUGAUUUUUUAACAUUACCCAGUUGUGCAUUUAAGUGCAAAACACUCAGCACAGAAAACAGUGCUGAACUCAGAAGAUCAGGAAAUCUGUUACUGUGAGCAGAUGCUGUAUGACCACAAACUGUCGUUGCACGUUUCAAACCAUCUGUAUAGCUUUAUUUUUAAACUAUCACAUCAAUACCGGCAACAGUGCAUACUUAGCUGAAGACUGUGUUCUUUUUGCUCAAGCUGCAGGCAUCCUUACCUCAUUGGCUUUUAACAUUGAUGUGAAUAACCCUAAAGUCCAUUUUGGAGAAGCAAAAGAUUUCUUUGGAUACAAAGUGCUUCAGUUCAAGUCCGGUGGAAACAAAGGGUGAGUUCAUAUCUUGUAGACUGUUUGUUUUUAGUAUUGCCGUUGUUCUUUUACGUACUUUCAUUAAAGAGAUACAUUACAUUUAUGUCAUGUGCUGCAAGCUCUCUGAAACGUAGUGUACUCUAAAGUGGAGAUGGGAGAUAAAAGUCAUCAAUAGGAUACCAUUAAGUUAAGCAGUGAGUGUGUGUGAUUUGAUUACUUAGAAAUCACUCUCUGACACAUCUUCCUGUAGCUUGACAAAAACCAAGAUUAUUGAACACUCUACAAGCAACAGGAAGUGUUUCCUGUUCAAACAGAGCCGCUCAUAUACCUUGGUCACCAGAAUGGUUGAGUUUUAUACUUUUCUUGACGACCUCUGUCUUAUUUGGCUCUUAUUGGCCUGGACCCCAUUUACUGAUUUAAUUGUAUUUCAAACAUGUGAAGUAAAAAAAAUGGAAAAAUGUCAUAUAAAAAAAUAAUAAUUCAUAAAAAUACAAAGCAUGGUUUUAAACAAGAUUUUCAAACUCUCAAUUAUUUAGCAAACAUAUCUGAAAAGCAUCUUUUCCUUAAAAAUAUAAAUCAACAAUGUAUGUUUCAAACAUAUGAUUUCUUUUCAUAAAUACUUAUAUUAAUAAAAAAGAAACAAACAUAUGAAGUCCUUGUUUUUAGCAGUCUAUUCUAACCUUUUGACCUUUAAAUCCCUUAAAUAUAUAUCUAACAUUACAGUGAUAUACAAAGUACAUAAACAAAGGGAUCAUCAGGAAUAUCUAAUUAAAUAAUUCACAAUUUUUUUUCUACAUUACCUGUGAUUUUACACCCACAGACCAACAAAAUGUAAUUGCAAAUUUUCAUUCAGAUUUACUAACUGAACAAAACUGCUUUUAACUAGACAACUGGCCCUGACCCAGUUUACAAGCAACAGGCAAGAAUCGCAUGUCCACUUCUGUGUGGGUGGCGACAUGGGUGUGGUAGUUGUCUCCUGGCUGAUCUAUUACAUUCAAAAUCUGUCAAAGAAACAGAUUAGCAAGACUAAUGCGAUGUACGUUGAAUAAUGAAAUAUGGUCACUUUUACAGUUCUAUACUGUUUGCUUGUACAAUGCAUUUAGCAAUGCAUUCAUUCCAUCUAACUUCUGGCUUUUAGCUUUGCAUGCAAACACUAGGGCAUGUGCCGAACACUUUGGAAAAUUUAAGCUGUAUACAUGGAAGAGAAAAUCAAUCCCCCACCUCAUUUAACAGUAGAGUUAGUCCGACUAUAAGAAGUUCAAUUUAAUGUGAUUUCAGUCGGACUAACGUCUUUGUGUAUUUUAAAAGUCCAGUUUCAAUCAUUCUCAGUCAUUAAUUUUUUUUUUUUUUUAACAGUAUGUAAACAUAUUGAUUGACAUUAGGGUUACCGCUUUGUCAACAGGGGGCACCAAAGUCAACACAGACAGAUAGUUCCUCCCAGAAGGGUUAAAUUAAUCUUGAGAUCAAUAAUCAAUAAUCACUGUCAACUUGUUUGUUUGUUUCUUUAGUUGGUUGCUAUUGUCUCAGGGUCUUAUCUUGUUGGGAUUAUAGGUUGCUAAAAAGGCUGUACAUUAUAUUUUAAUUUUCAUUGUUGUCGAUGUUGUUCACAGGAUAAUUGUGACCGCACCUCUGCAGCGAAAUGGAUCUGGGGGCAUAUGCAGACCUGACCAAAACACCCCUUGCUUCACUCCAAAAGGUAAAUAAAUGUUGUUAAAGGUAAGAUAGGUAGGUUUAUAGAACAAAAUUUUGAAUGGAAAAGGUCAUCGAGUAGCUGCCAAGUUUGUGUAUUUUCAAAGUUCUGACAAAAUGUUUGCGUUUUAGAAAUUUCUCUGCAAAAUGCAACAAUACCAGUCAAGCACCUCGGCCUGUCAAUAGCAGAAGACCCAACAAGCUCCCAUUUCACUGUGAGGAAAUAAGAAAACAUGACUUUAUGAGAAUAAAGAAGUUUCAUUGUGAUAUUUCUUGGCAAAACAAAAUUAUGAAUCUUUUUCCUUUUUCCUCUAGGUCUGCAGUCCAAGUGUGGCCCAUGAAUGCUAUGAGAACACCUACCUGAAUAGUGUCUGUUACAAGAUUACAGAUAAACUUCAGCCAUUAUCCACCUUCAAACCUGUUUUUCAAGGUAUUAUAAACUCCAAAUUUCAACUUCCAUAGCUCUUCAAGUCCAACCUGAAUGUUCUUUGCAAAUUUGAUGGUGUAUUUUUUCAGAGUGCACAAAAAAGACUGUGGACCUUGUUUUUCUGUUUGACGGGUCUGGGAGUAUGACUGGCACAGAGUUCAACAAAAAUAAAGACUUCAUCGAGGAUAUAAUGAAAACCCUCAAGAGCACUUCAAUCAAGGUAGCUUAUUUGCUGAAAUAUUACAGAAUUGUUAUUUUUGUUUUGUACUAUUUUACAAAAACAGUGUAAUUUAAAUGCUGUUUUAUUAUGUCUGUGUUUUUAUUUAGUUUGCUGCAGUCCAGUUCGCUACAGAUUGCAGGAAAGUCUUCGACUUUAAUGACUACCUGGCUGACACUGCUUUGGUUAAACUUCGAAAUGAAGAGCAUUACCGGAAACUGACAAACACACACAAAGCGCUCAAUUUUGUGUUGUAAGUUAAGUUUUAUCACACUGCCAGUUCUCAGGCUCCUCUGCUACACUGGAAAAAUACUCAAAAACAAUGACAAGUAUCUGUUUAUAUGGCACUUUUCAAAGACAAGUUUUCAUAGACAAGACAACUGCUUAACAAUCAAAAAGAACGAGUUAAAAAUCAAAACAACAAAACCAAUGAACUAGGAAUUAAAGCCUGAAACAAAUAACAUGUGAUACUUUAAUAAUAGACACAAGUAUACUGGGCUAAAGGUCAGGAAGAAGCCAGUCAAACAGAAGAGAGUUUUAAGAAGAGAUUUAAAAGAGGACACUAAAUGUUGUCUGUCUGACAUCCUCAGACAGAGAGUCCCACAGCUGCAAAGCAUGAACUGCCAAAGCUGGUUGAGAUUCCAAAACCCUAAGUACGGCGCUUCUAGAAGACCUCAGACUGUGGUCAGGGAAUUAGCAACUCACAAAUAUCAGCUGGUGCCAUUUAAGGCUUUAAAACAAGUCAUAAAAUCUUAAAACCAAUUGUACUGCUCACAGGUGAAGCGAAGAGCAGCAAAGACUGGUGUUACAUGGUCACCUCUCUUGCUGUGUGUAAAAAUUUCAGUGGCAGCAUAUUGAAUUCAUCACAGUUUUUGGAUGUUGCACUCACUGGUUUCAUAAUUAAGUGUAUUCAAUAGUCAAAUCAGGAAAAAAAAUGACUCCUUGGUUGUGGGCCUUCUCAUGAACAUUGUUAGACAAGGCACCCAGACUGGCGGACGAAUUAUUCGUGUAGCUGAAACUAGGUGAAACAAAGAUCUGAUUGUUGACAGCAGGGAAGCAUGUUCUAAAUAAGUGGGGAAAACCUGAGGCACCAGGGAAUACUUAAAGGAUAAAAUUUGAAGUCUACUUAUCUGAAACACAGCUUUUAAAACUAGGUAGGUAAGUAAUCUGAAAGGCAGGUGGAUGAUUUAGAAAGUGCAACAGGGUGUUACAGGGUAUAAAUUAAAAAGUAAUGUCAUGUUAUCAUAAUAAGUGAAUGAAUAUCUUAUUUUUUUACCAUAAAGAUUACAAUUGUUCUGAGCAUUAAAAAAUGUGUGAUGUUUUAGGGACCAAAUCUUUGAAAACCCAGCUUCAGGUGUCACACCUGAUUCGACUAAAGUCGUGGUGCUCAUCACUGACGGAGAUCCAAGUGACUCGGAUAGAAACAAGGUCAUCCAAAAAUACGAUAACGGUGGCAUAAUUCGCUUUGUCAUAGGGGUAAGUAAUGAAAUAUGCCCCAUAAUUUUCUGUUUGAAUCAGAUUAAAAUGAUAAAUAAUGCCUUUGUGUGACCUGGUGACCAGGUAAGCCUAACUACUGCUUUCAACUCAAGAAUAUUAAGUUUUGCAUGGCUCAAAAUUUUCUGCAACUUGGUGACUUCAUAUCAGAAACCAAAUACUCCAACUAUCCCAACUCACACACAAUUCAAAUUGAAAGUUACUUUGAUACGCCACCUUCAAACAUUAAUGUAAGAAACCUGGAAAUAAUUUUUGAUUCACAAAUAACCUUGGAGCACCAUGUUAAGUGAGCCUAUACGCAGAUGACAUACCGUUAUACAUGUAAAGUACAAAAGCAACACUGCAGACAUGAUUCACAAGCAUGGGAACAUUUCAAAUAUCUAUUUACCAUAAAACUUCAAUCCAAACUGUGACAUUUGUUACAGCUACGCUACAUACCAAAAGACUUGUCCUGUUUUCAAUUUUUAGCUCUAUUGUGCUAUAUUUUCUUUUCUGCCCAUUAUGCUUGCAGACAUAAUCUUAGAUGUCUUUGUUGUUUCAGGUCAAAAAUGCUAGUCUUGAAAAAUUUACAGCCAUUGCCUCUGAACCGAAAGACAAAAAUGCCUUCAAAAUUGAGAACUAUGAUGGACUGACAGGAAUACUGGAAAACUUCCAGAAGAAGGUUUUUAGCUUGGAAGGUAAUGUGCAUUUUAAACAUCUUUUAAUAACGAUUUUCAAAAUGAGAAAAAAAUAAUAAUGAUGCUACCAUGCUAGUGCCUCUGAACAAUAACAUAAAACCUUUCUGUUUUUUGGGGGGUUAACUUUCAUAUUUAGGCUCUAAAGUGGCUCGGGCAGGAAACAUGGUGAAUGAAAUGUCACAGACUGGAUUUAGUGCUGCCUUCUACAAGGUGAGAAAAUACAAGACAUUCAAUCAUCAAGGUGAAAAUGAUUGGCAGUAUUGCAAUUGUGCCGUUAUUCUUCUCUGUGGACUGAUUUCAUAAUGUGAUACGCAUGAUCAGGUUUUAAGUAGUGCCAUUUUAGCUAUUCAGAGUUAAAAACUGUUGUUGAGGGGUUUUCCCCAAGCAGAAUCAAGUAUUUGGCACGUUUAAGCGAUUAGAAAGCUGGGUAAUCAAAACCAGCGUACUGAACUUACCAAACCAAUCACCAACAGACCAAUGCCCUUAAACCCAGUGGUUCCAACAUACAGCUCUGCAAGAGGAGAGUGAGAGUGUGAAAUAUCAAAACUGAUUCCCAGCUACGUAGUUCUCUUGAAUGAUGAGGCAGAUGCAGCCCCUUGUACUGUAUAUCACUCUCAUAAAGCUGGCUCAUAAAGCUGUAAUGGCUGGGCUGCGCAGAUAGACAGUUUAGACGCUCCCCACAUACACUAUGCAGGAGACCCGAGUUCGAUAUCACCCUGUGGCCUCUUCUCUGUAUGUCAUCCCCUGCUCUCUCUCUCAUUUCAUGAUCCAUCCACUGUCCACUGUACUGUAAAAAAUGUGUACUGUAAAAAAGUACAGGCCAGUCUAAGGGGGAUGUGUCAUAUCAAGGCACGUGAAGUUAGGCACAUGAUCUUAAGAAAACCAUGGUUUCUGCUUGUUUGAUGUUACACUGAUACACUCUUUUUUUUAAUUAUUAUUAUUAUACCUCAUGAGACCAAUACCCGCAGUAGAAAUAUGCCACAACAACAGCCAGUUAGUGUUGGCAGUCUUUCUCCUCUGCCUACUUUGAUUUGAGCAGCAUUUUUCUGUCUACAGGACACUUUGAUUCUUGGUUCCGUGGGAACAAACUCCUGGAAAGGUUCACUUCAAGAGCUUAAAGGACAGACUACAACACAUGUUGAAGACUCACAAAUGGAGAUGAACUCCUACAUGGGUAAUGAACACAGCGUUAAUGUUUUUAUCGAUUACAUACCCAUCCAUUUCUUUGUUUUUGAAUUAUUAUCUCUUUAUUCAGAUGAGGUGUUACUCCAGUAGGUUUUGUUCAGUAGCUUCUGUUGUGGCAUCUAAAUAGCUUUGUCAUGUAUGAGGGUAUUGAACAAAUGAUGCAUAUUUAGAAACUGAACUCUCCAGUCAUUGCAUGAUAACAGCUCUGAUUUGGGUUCAUAUUUAUUACAUUAUAUCGUUUUAUAAAUUCACUUUUUAUUUGAAAGGCACUUAGAUUCCUUACAUGCACAGUGCACAAAACAUCUCUUGCGACUGUUAAAACAUUGCAAGAUUCAUUACAAGUAUUCACAUCACAUUUUGAUGAUUCCUUCCACACUGAUCCUGGAUGUUUAACUGCAGAAAGUCAUCCAUCCAGUCCUCAAUGUGGUCGGUGGGUCUGCCUUAAACUAUUUUCUUGUGAUAGAUUUUUUACUAGCUGCCAGUAAAGUACUCAGAAGUUUCAGUGAAAUUCCAACUCUCAUAUUAUAUAUCCCAUAAGUACAUUGAUCUAAAGUUAAAUAAGACGCUUGUACUAAACAAAUUCUCAAUAUGUUCACAUUAUAUUGUUUUAACACUGUUACAGGAUACUCCAUUGCUGUUGGAGAGAGGAAUGGGGUUCCUCUGUGUUUUACGGGUGCACCCAGAUUCAUGCACACAGGACAAGUUGUACUUUUUAAAUACAACAGAAGGAAGUGGACAACAACGAGAAGAAUUAACGGGGAGAAGGUUGGUAAAUGCAAGUUUCUUCUACAUAGCAGAUAGUCAUAACUUCUAAAUAGAGUCGAACUUAAUUAACAAGACAAGGUCACGGAGGCAUAUUUAUUUUUUCCUUUUAAAAACAAAAACUUUCAUGAUAUCAGCUCAAACCUUUUAGAGUUGUACAAAUAAACUAAAUGAAUGCAGAGGUACCUUACUGUAUUUUAACUUGAAGAAAUCUGCCAUUAUUUAGUUCAGUCUUUAUUAGUCUUUAUCAUUAUUCAUUUAUACAGUGCCAAUUCACAAGUGUUAUCCCAAGAUGCUGAAAAAAGCUAGACGAGACUCUAUUUAUAAAGACCCAAUGUAAAGAUGGGAUACGACUGAGCUCCAUCUCGUCAUAUUAGACCUGCUUCCAUCCCAUCUUCAUCCCCAUGAGUGAAACACUUUACAGCAUUCAUGAAGUUACAGUGGAGAGGAGGAACUGCCUUCAAAGGGAUAUUCUGGUGUAAAAACAGCUGAAACAGCUGGAGAACAGCAGGCAGGUCAAAUGUUCAACAAAAUGUCGAUCCAGAGGAAACGACAGGAUGAGGGAGUUCAGGGACAGCCAAAAAAGACUUGAAUGGCUGAUGACUCAAAGUAAAUGACACAGACAGAUAAAAGAUGAAAAAGACCACCAAAAUAACAUUGCUUUGGUAAUGCAGACAACUUUAUUGAGUACAGAAAAGUGUAGAGGUGAAGUAUAUUAAAGACAAAAAGGUGAGAGAGUUGUAAAGAUUUUUUUUCUGUUGUUUUAUUUUGAGGAUAGAUUCAAAACCUAAAGAUUUAUUUCCAUUUAGAUGAGCAAGUCUGUAUAUGUGCUACAUAUUGCACCAUUGGUUACAGGGUGCACAGACACAUUUUUUUUUGCAGAGCGAGAGAGGAAACCAGAGAACUUCCUUGCAUGGCACCAAGUUUUGCAAGAAGAAAAUCUGUGUGUGUGUGUGUGUGUGUGUGUGUGUGUGUGUGUGUGUGUGUGUGUGUGUGUGUGUGUGUGUGUGUGUGUGUGUGUGUGUGUGUGUGUGUGUGUGUGUGUCUGUCUGUCUGUCUGUCUGUCUGAAGCUCAAGUCAACAAAUGUCAUUUGCUUGAAAUAGAAUAAUGUCAACUUUGUUUUUCUUCCAGUUUGGCUCCUACUUUGGCGCUGAACUGUGUUCAGUAGAUGUCAACUCUGAUGGUGACACUGACUUCCUGCUGGUUGGAGCUCCUCUGUUUUACCAGCCCAGUGAGAAGAAAGAGGGGCAGAUCUAUGUCUACUCUGUGAUUGAUGAGGUGAGAUCAGACCCUCUGAAGUUUCAUUAUAAGGGGAUUUUGGAAGUAGUAAUAUAUUCUCUCUCUUGAUUGCUUGUUUCUUGUGUUAAAAUUUCAGACACAACUGACAAAGCAACUGGUUGUCAGUGCACCAUCCAUGGGGAGAUUCGGCACCACCAUAUCCAGUCUUGCAGACCUGAAUGGAGAUAAACUUCGUGAUGUUGCUGUUGGAGCUCCUCUGGAGGAUGAAAACAGGGGGGUGGUGUACAUCUUCCUAGGUGACAAAGUCAAAGGGAUUCGAGAAACACCUAGCCAGGUGAGACAGCAAAAACCUGAAUCAAAAUGUCUUAUUUCAGCCUAAAAGACAGUUCUAGUAAGCUAAGCUUUACUUUGCUGCAGAGCACUUGUUCAUAGAAGAAUUGUUGAAUGGGGGACUUAACAAGAACAGGGACUUAAGUUAUACAUCUUUCUGUCUGUUUCUUCUCCUACACCUCUGUUUCAAACACGUCCAAAACAACACUUUAAAAAGGAAUAGUCUGUCAACUUUAUUAGGGUUAGACAGCCAUGUUUUCAUCCUAUAAAAGUUGCCCUCUAAAUAAAAUGCAAACAUUAUCUUUCAGUUUAACCCUAUACACUUACUACAAGGCAAGACAAAAUCAAUGUCAAAAUGUAGGUUAUGAAAAAGUCCAGCUCUUCAUGAAAGGACAACUGGACUUGUUUGAGGCUCUUCUAAAACGUGUUUACAGUUCUAGCAUGACUUUAUAGCCUCCGUUGGACCUCUUCCUGUAAAAGGAGGUGGGUGGUUACCUAAGAGUUGUUAGCAGGGUUGUUGACCUGGUUUCACCUUGGGGGUUGCCUUCCUGGGUUUCUUCAGGUUUGCCAUGCUUGCAUGAUGCAUGAAGCCUGUAACCCAGCACAAAAGUAUUGUUUCGACUGAUGUCUAAAAGAAUCCAAAGCUGAAUUGUAAGUGAGGGAUAAGAAGUGCUUUAGCCCACCACCUCUGAUCAAGGAUGGUUUCCCCAGAUGACAAAGAUGGCCUCCUUGACACCUCUUUUAAACCAGUAUUCCUGGGCCAGUAUCUUAACAUUGCUGUCCUCUUUCCAGUCUGCUCUGAAGCGACACUUGUUUAUCCAGGCUUUUGGUACCUAGUUAUGUUUGUUGUAGUGUGUUGUUAAGCGCUUUGGGUAUCUUGAAAGGCAUUAUACAAAUGCAAGAUAUUAUUAUUAUUAUUAUUCAAAGGGAUGUCCUGUAGCCUUCAGAUGAUGUAAAUGAACAGCUGAGUCCUGACCAGAAGAGUUGGCUCUCCUGUGUUGGGCCAUGUAUUCAUGAAAUGGCUGUGUUGUUCCUCAAAUGUUCAAAUCCCUGCAUUCUUCAUUGCAUUUGACGAUGUACACCAAAUUACUCUUUUAUAACAACAUUUCAAAUAUAUAAUGGUGUAGUAAUAUUCUAAAUAGAGGGGAAGUUGUGCUGUGGCCAAAAGCAGUACUUCUGCUGAUUGCAAAGUAACUAAGUGGUGUUGGCCUGGAGAUAAUGUUUAACCAAAACAGGAAGGGUUGAGGUUUUCACAAUUUGAGAUAAAAAAAAAAAAAAAAACUUUUCCACUCUUAGACUUCCUUUUGUAAGACAAAUUAGAGAGUAUGUUCAAUUUGGUGUGAUAACUUAAUCACUUGAGACCUUUUUGAAGGAACCGUUUGGUGUUUUUGAUGUGGUACUGCAUCAAUAGUAAGUAACCCAAACACAAUCCUCAAAUUAUAUGUAUGCUCUCUUUAGAAAAUGCUUCAGCACUUUGCCAUCAGAGCUACAUCUUUUGGGUGCAACAAAGUCUUUUUCAAAUGCCGACCCAAAACUGUUCACUAGAGCUUUGAGUAUUUCACUUUCAGAGGGUUUACAGUGCCUCAGAUUGCAGAUUUUUAUAGCAUGUUAUAAUGUACCUGAGCAGUACAUUUGUGGUUUGAAAACAAAACCACCCAAUCAUGCAGCAUUUUGAUCAUCAAAUCUUUUCUUUUGAAGAGAAUAAUGGGGCAGAAAAUAAACUCCAAGCUGAGGUUCUUUGGACAGGCCAUUGAUGGGGACAUCGACCUUGGAGAGGACGGACUAACAGAUAUAGUGGUGGGAUCACAGGGCAUGGCUGUUGUUUUAAGGUACAUUGUAAAGAGUUUGUCUUUUAAUUGUAUGACUUACAUUUGUUUUAUCUCUGUGUUGUAAAAAACUUUUGUUGGCUCUGAUUUGUUUUAAUAUAUUGGCUCAUUAAAAUUUAACUGUGGCUUUGUGAAAGACAAGUUGUGGGGGCACAGUGAAAUUGAGACCUGGUACCUUGUUUGCACAUCCCUCAUACAGCAGCGCACCACUGUUCUUAAAAACCCACUCUUAAAGCCUACAAUACUAUAAUCAAUUUCAUCAAUGUGUUUCAGCUCAUUGCCAGUCUUUAAAAUCAUAGCCUUCAUGUCUUACGACCCCGAGGAGAUCAGCACGGAUAAAAUUGACUGUCUGGGUAACACAGAUGAAGUUUUACCCAUGGUUAACCUAACAGUCUGUUUUAUAAAGAUAGAGACAACGGAAAGCAAAGCAGGUGAGGAUGAGCACAAAUGUUUGUUUCUGAGAAAAAUUUUAACACUAUCAGUGUAAAUAAAAUUCUUUGAACCCUGCUGUGUGUCUGUGUAACAUAAGAGACCCCUGGACUGAACAUCACCUACACGCUGGACAUGGAUCCAAUGAGACAAAAGAAUCGAGGUUUCUUCAGUGAACUUGACAAGAAAGUGAGGAGUUUAACCUCAACCAGUGAGCUGACAGAGAGAGAAACCUGCUUCAACUACCCCACCUACAUGCAAGUACGGAGUUACUUCAUACCAAUUACAAGAAGUUCAUGAAACCAGUAACCAAUAUUUAGAAUCAAUAAGCACUGAUGGUAAAAUUAAGAAUUUGAAAUAUUACAGACUGCAACACAAAACUUUGCUCAAGUCAACAUUUAAUCAAAACUAAAAUGUUCAACAUCAUCUAAAGGAGUUAAUUCAGUUCAUUUAUCAAUAUCUUAGUCUCUUAACCUCAGCUCAUUCAUUCCUUUUUGCUAACCUAUGAAGAACAUCCAGCUAUGAAAGUUUAAUAAAGUAAGGCAAUUAUUUUAAAUUUACCAUCGUUAAAAAGAAGAAUUAGGGACUCUGGGCAGUAACUCAAAAUUUAGGGUAACUUUACAAGCUUAAGAUUAAAUGUUCAUUUUCUAACUAGACAAGAUAAGAAGCUUGUAAUCCUGACCAAUACUCAUCUUUAAACACUGACAAAGACACUAAAUGUAAUCUAAACUUGGUCAUUAAUGAGUCUAAUGUUGUUACCUGAAUGUAAAGUCUUUUCCUCAUACUUUUUAAAAACUUUCCUCAAUAGUAAGCAGAUUAUGUUUUAUUUGAUAUUUACGAGUUGUUGUUGUUUUUUUUUCAGAAAUGUGUGAAAGACACAUUAUCGCCAAUCCCCAUUAAGUUACAUUUCUCCCAGGCCGACAGGGAGAGUGCAGGUGCUGUGUUGAAUGUGGACAGCCGAAAGCAGACUUCUGUUGAGGUAUGAACAGUCACAUGACCCCCUCCAAGAUAUUCUCUGUUUACAUCCAGGGGUGUUUAUAGAGAAAAUUUCUAAAAGCUUUUAGAAUACAGACUAUGAAAUACAAAAUUCUGUUUCACAAUUCUGUUUUUUUUUUUUUAUUUUGGGAAGGAUUUGGAUAACUUUGAUUAUAGGAGAAAGAAAAGAUUAUUGUGCCCCAAACAGAGGGCUGGAUUCACAACUUUUAAAUCAGUCAAACAAUAUGUUAAAAAUUAUCAGGAUAAUUAAGACAUCUUUCAUAUCUUGCCUUUGAGUUGCUGUUUACCCAUCAUGAAGUGUUGGGAGAUCUAGAAUUUGCAUUGGUGCACAGUGAUGUUUCCCUUUAAGGUUUUUAACCGAAUAAAUGUUUGUGUUGAACAUAAACAUUUGAUUUUAAAUAGCAUAGCUUAUUUGUCUUUCACAGGGAUAUCUCCUGACACAUAAGUUCAUGAAUAAGAAGAUACAGAAUGUUUAAACAAAAAAAAAGCAUAGUAAAUAAUAAUGAGUUUAAAAAGAAGGAUCUAAAAAGGCAGGUAAAAUAUAAAAUGAAUACACAUUUUCUGAAAUGAUCGGUCACAGCUGACACAGCUGAUUUACAUGAUAAAUGAGCAUAGCUGCACGCUGCAUGGGGAAGGAAGAGACAAUGAGGUAGACAAAAUACAAAAACAGUUUAAAGGAGCCAAGCUGCUAAUGCAAGGACCACAUUUAAAAAAAAAAAAAAAAAAAGUUAAAUACAGACUACACAGUAUAAAGUGUGAGAAAAAGGAAAAAUUAUUGACAUUUAAAGCUGUCAGUAUUUUUGUGUGUUUUGAGGAAGUGGGAUAAGUCUGGUGGAUUACUUCUUGUAGCAAAAAAGUGGACUCCCAAAUCAGGAUCAGUCUCAUCCAAAUUGAACCCUUUGGGUAAAUCCUGAGACUUUUAAAAGAUUUUUCUAGUCACAGUCUUCUUUUGAAUGUUCCGACUCUUUGUCAGUGGAGUUUUACUUUGUAACCGUUUUCAAAGGUUUUCUACUUGUGGAAAACUGUUUGGAGAAAUCUGACUGUGACUGUGUAGUUGCUGCAUUUAUGACUCUCACACUAAUAAUAUACAUAAAACACAACUCAAACCAGAAUGGCAAGACACAUUAAAAAGCUUUGAUACCUGACAUUUUUUUAUUCAUUCAAAACUUUUUUUUUCUCCAGUAGAAACAGAAAAUGCCACAUACUGUUAAGACUACGUAACACACAGCAAACAUCAGCUUGUUUAGUUGUUCAGGUUUUCACCCAACACCAAAAAAACAUCUGUGUCACAGAGCUGUUUUUUUUUUUUACAAAGAAAGGACCUGAAAUAUGGAUUAAAACAAAUGUACAGAUUUAAUCAACAAGAAAGAAGAAGAGGAGAAGAAGAAGAGGAGAAGAACAUGGAAGCACUGGGAAUGGAUAAAGACAUCAACAGGCAAAAACUGUGUGGACACUUGGACAAUGACGGACAAUGAACCAAGAAAAAAGGAGGCAAAGACAGGGAUUAUAUAUACAGAGGGUAACGAGCAACGAGAGGCAAGUGAGACAAUAAGACUCAGAUGCAGACAAUCACAAGGGAGGAACUCAAACUUGACCAGACACACAAGGGGAAGAAACUGCAAAAUUAAACAGAAAACACUAAAAGCUAACCUCAAGAAUAAAACACUGACAUCACAACAACUGGAUCAUGAGCAAACAGAAUACACACAUGAAACAGGAACACAGAGGAACUAUAGGCUACACCAAAAAUGGAACAGAAAAUACAGAGGAAGCAAAAAAACAAAACAGAACCAUGAGAAUAAAUCAUGACAAUCUGCAGUUUUUAAAGAAAAACCUGGACCCAAAACCUGAACUGUUUGUCUGUUUGCUCUGAAAGACGUUUUUCUUUUACAGAAUUAUUUCUUGAUUGUUCUUUGUUUUAUGUGUGACAUAAACAGAAAUAACUUUUUUUUUUUAAAGAUUCGUUUUGAAAAGCAGUGUCGGGGAAAUGAUACUUGUGAAGCUGAUCUUGAGGUGGAUUUUAACUUCACGUAUGUAUCACUGACACAAACAGCACAACAACUGUAAUGUUAACUUUUAGUAGCCACAUGUAAGAAGUACUCUGUUUCUUUCAGGAACCUGACAUUGCUGGUCACAGAAGAUAUGUACUUCAACGUGACAAUAGAGCUGUCCAAUCAUGGGGACGACUCGUACAACACCAGCCUUACAAUGCACUAUCCUCCAGGCCUCUCCUUCUCUAGAAUGACCCUCAUAAAGGUGAUUCUACUCAAUUUAAUUAUUAUGAUACCACUCGUUCCUGCAGCAAAACAGCACAGUAGCUAAGCAGGCCCUCUUUAAAGACAUUAGCUCUUUCGUAUACUUAAAGCAUGAAAACACUGAUCGGAUACAAAUAUUCAAUCCCCAACCGCCUCAUCUAGAAAUGUCCGACUGUGAGUAGUGUGAUUUAGUGCACUUUCAGUUUGACUAAUGGGUUUACAUGUAUUUUGAUGACAACUUUGUGUCAUGGCAACAGUGGAGGAAGCUUCCAGAGAGCUGGCCAGUUCUAAAAAAAGGGGGGCUAGUGGUGCAGGGGAUUUGGGGACACAUCAAUGAGAAAAUAACUAAAAAUUAACAUAAUGAGGGUUUUCAAAGACACCAGCCUGAGAGGUAAAGAGUAUUUUGAGCUGUCAAUGACAUGAAGCUGCUAAAGAGGUGAAUAUAUGAAGGGCAGUCAGAUUAGCUGUGAGCUGUAGCAAUGCUGCUUAGUAGUUUUUUGCUUUACUUGGAUAUUGCUAAAGUAAGCAGAAAAGUUGCAGUUGUGGCGUCAACCAAAAAGCACCAGUUUCAGUUUGGCACAGUGUCUUCCCCACAGGCUCUUUGGUUAUUUUGGCUCUCUGUCUGCCAGGAAGUGACUGCUUCUGGGUUUACCACAUGCAAAACCGUCUUUUUUCUGUCAAAUUUAAUUUAUGAUGUUCAGGUUUAAUCUUUUUUACUCUGUGUUUUAAAUGUUGUCUUUUAGACUACAACACCUUGUCACAAUGUUAAUGAAGGUCCAUUAAGUUUGUUUUUUAUUUUUUCUUGACUGAAAACAGUGGAGCAGACCAAUACUUCACAGCUGUUACGACCUUAAAGAUGUUCUGGACAAGACUAUCUGUGGAGUCAGCCGUCCUGUGUUUCGCAGCCAAUCAUCAGUGAGUCAUACCGCACCCUGACACCUCCCUCACAAGCGGAUGUUAAGUUUCGUAAACUAUACUAACCUCUCACAUACCCCUUUCCUCUUUCUCUUUGACUCAUAUCUGGCCCUGUCGUCCUUUUUUCUGUGAAGGCAACGUUUCUCACUUCUUUCCUCGUCCUGACCAACUACGAGUGGAACGACACCAUUUCAAUGACUGUUACUGGAAACAGGUAGACACCUUCUCCCACAACACUCAGAGCAAAGCACAAUCAUUUUCUCCAUUUGAAAAUUACUUAACAUCGCAGCAAUAUUUUUAAUGUUUAAUAAUCACAAUCAUUUCUUUUAUAUUUUCAGUGAUAAUGACAACUCCACCAGAACCAAUUCCUUAACUAAAAUAGUCCCAGUACAAUUUGAAGUUAAAAUGGCUCUGACUGUGUAAGUGCUCCUAAUAGGAUAUUUGCCAUUUAAUGAUUCUGUUUGAAAUAUGUGCCAAGUUUUGGAUUAAAAUCAACCAACUGUGAACUCUUAGUGACUUACAUCAUGUGUGCUUUCAGGAUAGAGGACUCUGUCACCUAUCUGAACUUCACACCAGAGGACUCUGCGCCAAAAAAAAUGGUUGCAUUAUACAAGGUGGGGCAAAUGAUGCUCUGCAGACACCAAAAUCACAAACUUAUUGUUUAGAUGGUAUGACAGCCACUGUGAGGUCUCACCAUAGACUGUAUAUACUAUGGACAACUUGGUUCCACCUUCCACCAGUAUACAGAUUUGAAGCCAAAAAACCCUUGGUAAUUCCACGUUUUCUCUCCAUUUCCUGAAACCAACAUUGCGCAGUAGCGUUGUACACGCUACAUCAUUUGCUUAGUAGCAUUGUGCGCAUUUGGCGGGAGAGUCGCCGAGAGUCACCAUGAUGAUGCUCGGCUCAAACAGCGUAUCCCCCGGGUAACUUACGCAAUCUUCUUAUGCCCAUAGGCUGUAUCAAAUGUCAAUCAUUGAAAACAUGAACCCUAUAAUAACUUUUAAAAAUGGAGCUUUACAGAAAAAAGUAGACUUGAGCACAAACCUGUCUUACUGUAACUACAUGUCAACAUCACAAGCGGGGGGGGGGGAAUGUAUGUUCUGUGUAAUAAAUUCCUGAAUUUGUCCACAACUCUAUAAGCUUUGCUGGCGGAGGGGGGAUUUAUGACCUAUACUGCAGCCCAUCACCAGAGGGUGCUGUUCUCAGGGUGGCUUCACCUAGCAAGGAGGCCGACGGCGUCCAUUCUAUAUACAGUCUAUGGGUCUCACUGAAUCAUGACAGAACAAUCUUUGACUAAAAUGGAGCAUUUUGCCCAUAGCAAUCUGUUUUUUUUUUUUUUGUCUGAACUCACCAUAAUCACAAAAAUAGUUGAUAUGCUGCAUUACAUCUCUGAGGUCGAAACGACCCUGGGGGUAAGAAUGCAAUGGUGAGGUGGGGGGUGGGCUUGAGUAAAACAUAUUUAGCCAGACAUAAAACAGCUUUAUCUCGGUGGUGCAGUGGUUGGCGCUCUUGCCUCACUGCAAGAAGGUUCCCGGAUCAUAUCCCUCAGCCAGGCGGGGGCCUUUCCCUGCAGAGUUUGCAGGUUUUCCCAUGCAUACCUGGAUUCUCUCCAGGUACUCUGGUUUCCUCCCACAGUCCAAAGCAUGCUAAUCAGGCUCAUUGGGCACUCGAAAUUGCACCUCCAUCUGAGUGCCUGUUUAUCUCUAUGCGUUAGCCUUGUGCAACAUUGAUGACCUGUUUAGGGUGUCUACCUCUCACCCAAUGACAGCUGGGAUAGGCUCAGGCCUUCCUCAUGAUCUCAAAGAGGAUAGGGGGUAGAUGGAUGAAUCCGUCUGUCAUUUCAAGUUUAGUCACUGUCUCUUGUGCAAUGUAACAGGAUUUGACAGAACCCUGCAAUCUUUAGCUUCUCAUUUCUAAGGUAAAAGAAUCUACUCCUUUGCUGUGUAAUAGUGGUGCAAUGUGUUAUGUGCACACCGAAUUAGAAAAAGGCGUCUAACCAGUGACUGUAGACCUGUAGAACAUUUGUAAUCUAAAUCUUUAUUACAGUUUGUUUAAUUUAUUCACUCGCUUUAGACAUUUACCUAUAUUUAAAGCUUCUGGGAAAAACUUUUUGGAGCUUUGACAAAAUCCAUCAAAAAACUUAAAUUUCUUUUAGAUUAAUAUAGAUUAAUAGUAACUGUAAAGCCAGCUGGGGCUAAUAUUGGUUUGAAUCUCAUUAUCUGACUUUUGGUGAGAAAAAGACAACGUUGUUAUACUUCCUCUAAACUUGUGCAACUCUUGCUCUCUCUGUUUGCAGAUAGAUAAUCCUGGUUUCAAGGCUUUUCCUGUCAAUGUGACCUUUUACUUCCCCUACAAACUGGAGCCUCACUUUGAAAUGACAAACUAUCAAGUCUUUGUCAAGCAGGUAGCUCAACAACUGUUAAAUUAAACUUGUGCAUAAUGCUGCUCUGUCUACAACCACAACUUUUUUCACUCUUUACUUAAACUAUUUAUUGCAUCUGUUUUAAGAACAAAACUGACUGUGUCGACAUCCGUGAUGUAGAACCGAAGGUAAGCUAACUGUAUUAAGUAUCAAAUUUGAAUUGUGGGUGUUCUAAAUGCAUACAUACCUUGACUGUAUGUAUUGUUGUUGUGUUGCAGUACUGCUCUACAGAAAAAUACUGCAAAAGCAUUAAAUGUGACAAUUUCAUCCUGGAAAAAGAAUCCGCUGUUGAAUUUGUGCUGUCUGGAGACAUACAAUUCAUUAAUAUUGAACAACAUGCAGAGGUAUGCAGCAACAAAAUACAGUACACACAAAUAAUAUAGGAAGGACAAAUGCACAAUUACGUCAUAAAUGCUCCAAUAUGACAUGCUUUUGUUCUGCAGAAAAUUACCUUUCUCAAGUACUAUACCGGAGAUAAAGCAGAGGUCAGAUUCAAAAGUUUCCUGCAUGUUGAUUUUGACAAGCAACGAUAUUUGCUGAGAAACAAACAAGAGGUAUGUUUUACACGGUGAUAAUCAUUCUGUGACAGAUAAUGCUUGUCCUGCUUUUCAGAAAAUUUCCAUUGAUUAAGUUAAUUAAAAAUGCAUUUUGUCAUGUUUUUAAUCAGGACAAAUCUAAUGACACCGGCCUGUGGAAAGACAAUGAUCCAACAGUGAAAUUGGUACAUUCACAAAUAUAGCUUCAUUUACAAUUUUGGAUCUUUGGUUUGAAAUUAAAAAAAAAAAAAAGAAAGAAAGAAACUCAACACUGAAAAUCCUUUUUUUCCACCAACAGACUGAAAUUCAGCUUGAGAUUAUUGCCCCCCCUAAUGAAGCCCUGAUCAUCGGAACUGGAGCUGGAGUAGGAUUCUUGCUUCUGAUCAUAAUCACAAUCAUCAUGUUCAAGGUAAUUAAAAUCGUUUAUACCAAGUUACAAUCAAACAUUUAUUCAAAUGGAAGAUAUGAACAAACCUGUCAAGUUUUAGUAACUCAAUUAAAACUUCAUAUUGGUGCUUUUCUACUUUAAAAUGGGGUUUGUAAUCCUUUUCUUGAUGUGACUUUGUAUUUUCAUUCCUUCACUAGCUUGGUUGCUUUAAGAGGAAAACACUCGAGGACUAUCAAGCGGAGGAUGCUGCUCUCCAUAAGGGCUCAAUAUCUGAGUUAACCCCUCUCCCCACCGAUGAGAAAGCAAUUCAAUCAGAGACUCAAGACUUAUCUGAGCAAGACAAACCUGUGCCACCUUCCUCGAAUUCUGACCAGGCCCCAGAGGAAAAAAAAGCUGACUGAUGGUAACAAUGCAAGUGAUGAUCUUCUACAGGUCAAUUCAAAUUUAGAAAAUGAUGCUGCAAACCUGCCAGCAUAGGGGGUAUUUUACACUGGUAAUAAUCCAAGAUUGAUCAACUGGCAAAGUUAACGAAAUCCAUCUACUGAGUUCAUCAGAAACUUUUUAAAUAACAAGCCAUCUUUCCAGCAAGUUCAAAAACAAAGGUAUAAAAAUUCAAGUCUUAGUUUUGUGGUCAGCAUAUGUGGCUUUGUUUGUGUUAGAGAAUAGCCAGACUUUGACCUUAAAAUUCAGCUCUAAUCCAUCAUAAGCAUUUAGUAUUUUCGAAUUUGGUGUAUGAGGCACACUUUUGAUACAUUUUUUGACAGAAAGGGAGCUCUACCCUGUAUGCUGAUGCAGCAGAUAUUACACCAGUAGAAGACGCAUAGAGCAGUAUUUUAUUGUGUUCUGGACUUUCAUCCAGAAGAUGGCAUUUAAAGCAGCAAGUAGCUCUUUAACUGUGCAAAACAUAUUUGAUAGGUAGUCAGUGUCUUACUCUUUUCUUUUUUAUCAGGUUACAAUUAGACAUUAAUAGAAAUCAGUCAUAUCCUGUGCUCUGAGCAGUUUGCUUUAGUUUUUGAUUUUUUUUUUUUUGUCACUGAGAUGAGCUGCAGGCAUCAGCGCGCCCUUCUGCAUAAAGCUGUGAUGUGUGCUCUCAUCCAGAUGGUACUACAUUUUAUCCUGAUAUAUGCUUAGGGGAGUAGAAAGGAAUUGCUCCUGCUCAUUGUGAAGUAUAUCUGCUUCAGUUUUUAGAGCCAAGAUAACACAGUUGUAGAGAUCAACAUGUAGUCAUGUUUACAGCAGAGGCCACACUGCAGAGUUCAUGCAGAGACAGCAAUCAGAAAGUACUUGAAAUAAGAAUCAUCAGUUGAUACCUGAUAAUCAGAAUAUCAGUAGUGAUUAUAAGCCUCAUUAAAAAAGGAUGUUUGUCAGUGGAAUAAAUAGUUUACCAUAAAACCACAUCAGAAACAUCAGCUGUCUAACAUCAGUCCUAACAUCAGCAAGAAAAUAGCCCAGGUCAUGGGCCAGAAGUCAGUGAGUAUUUGGGGAAAGCUCAAAGAUGUUUUUCACAUCUAGCAUUUAACAAACAUGAGGACACGAGAGUAUCGCCCAUGUUUCACAUUCAGCCUGUUCAUUUGAUUUUCCGGAUACACCUGGUUGUUGGAAAGACAGCAGUCACAUCCCUUUCACUGUGUAUCCACAGCACUCUUAUUCCUUGCCGAUAUUGAUGUUAUCAAUCUAUAUAUAGUUUUUAUUUAACAUACCAUCACCUUUGAUCAGAUCGUCUUUAACUAGAUCAGAUUUUAUUCCUUGUAAAAAGUGAAUAUUUAUAUUUGACUGCUGAGAGAGAUUGAGGCUGAAACCCUGAGCAGGAUCCACUUUUCUGUUUUUUUUUUUCUUUUUUCAAACCUGCAAUCAGCUGUGUCACUAAAUCAGGAAUGAAAUAUUCAACAUUCGUCUAUGUUUAUGUCAUCCUGACUGAAAGUCAGGUCCUCCAUGCUGUAUUUUUUAUGCUCAGUUGAAAGAGGACCAAACAACUCUGACAUUGUUUGUUUCCUUUCCUAUCAGAGGGCAUGUUCACAGCCCAGUCUGUGCUUCAAUAGAUUAAAAAAAAUGUUUAAAUUUGAAGAGCACCAAUAAGUUAUGGCACGAACCAAACUGUAACACUGUUGUCUCUUUGGUGAGAUCAUUUGGUGUGUCAAGUUUGGUGCAACUUGACAGCAAAUCUAGGAGUCAUCUCAAACAUUGCUAUGGGUAAAAAAAAAAAAAAAAAAAAAAACGCAGUUGAAGGUAUGCAUUGAUUUCAUAUUCCAAGUUAAAGCUUACAAUAUUAUAUUUAAAAAGCAUAUUGAUGAUGAUAAUCUUUAUUAAAAAGCAUAUUGUAAAUAGAUUUGCAUUAUGAUCAAAAUGUAAAGCCAGGACUCACUCAGUGUCAUCUCACCAUUUCUCUGGCAGCUUUGUUUCUAAGAGGUUGCAAUGUCAUUAAUAGAAUAAUUGUUAUUGUGUUUGUGAUAUUUAGUUGGAUUUCUUAUAGUCAUUUUGCUUGUUUUCAUGCUGUAUAAACUAUUCACAAGUUGAGUCUGUUUCCUUUUAUUCCAACAUAGUAUGGUUUACUACUAUUAAAUCUCGGUAAUGAGUGCACAUCAGCAGUGGUUGUUGUUAUGUUUAUCUGCAUUAACAGUGUGUAGCAUUUGCAUUAUGUUGGUAAAGUGCAGUUAUUUAAAAAUUUGUAUGAUCUGUGAUGUUAAGAAAAGAGAACAUCUGUAUAUAGUGAAAAUGGUUGAAUAUUUGGAGAACACAAUAAAAAAAAAUGCCCUCACUAA